AUGGAGACUCAGAUUAGCAGUCUGAUUUCUGCUAGAGAGGUUGCAUUCCAGAAACCGCAACUGUAUACAGACAUCUUUCACAACCUUCUUCCGUUCAUCUACAAUCAAAAUACUACUUUACAAACCUUGGUUAUUGACUUUCUCAAAGAAUCUUUUGUGGAUGAAAAAUUGGAUAAAGAGCUUCAGCUUCAGCUGGCUGAUGAACUGCUUCAACCUUUGAGUUACCUAAUUUCCUCAAAGUCUCAUCUAGAAUUGCCAAGGGCCCCUUCACCUGCUAAUUUUGUCAAGAUUAUUCAAUUGACCAACCAUAUAUAUCCGAUCAUUUUCAAAAAGUGUCUGUCCAGCCCCCAGAUGCAGGACUUGGAGUCCAAAUGGGACCAAUUACAGAGUUUGAGGGACAAUUUGAUUCAAAAAUUUGGUACUGCAUAUCCUUUACUCCCACUGAAUCCUGAAUCGGACGCCAGUCGCUCAACCAGAUCUAACAUAACGCUAGUUAUGUUCAUCACAAAUGUGUUGUCAAUACUUAGUAUUGCUCCACCAAAGGAUCCAAGAGCAGCUAGGGCUAGAAAAUUGAAGAACACACCGGAGGAUCUAUCUAUAGUGAGUAUCCCAAGUGAUCACAAAUUUCUUAACAUGACUCGUCUGGAGGUUGAAGGAAGACAAAUUUUAGACGUCCUCUUUGAUGCUUUAAAUGAUUCCAGGAUAAUAAACUCCCCGUUAUUUUGUGUCAUUACAAACCGUCUGUUAACAUUGUUCAAGAAAAGACCAGGUUUAGUAAGCGUCAAACUGUUUGAUUUCAUGAUAGCCUAUGAAUCAAUGAAUAAGGAAGACCCACUCUUUGAGUCGAACCAGUUGAAAAUGCGCCUUAUUCGAAGGUUCAACGAUCGUAUUCUGAAAGUAAUGAUAGGAUAUUGUCUAAAUAAGAGUUUUGUGAAAGAUACGAAGUUACUCAAAAGGUUCCAGAACAAAUUCACUUACUACCAGGGCAUGUUUGAAGAUCAACGUAAGAGGGGUCUGUUGAAACCAGAUAGUCAUGAAAUUAAGAGAGAAGAAAAGAGGGCUGAAUUUAAGAAGAAAAAAAUUACCGGAAAUGAAAGUUUGGAAGAGCAACUUCAGAACAACCCUUCCGAAUCACCCCUUUUUUACUACAAUUCAAGCCCAAUAACGCCUGAUUUGUCUUACUCAUCAUUAUACUCAUUAAUAUCGCCAAACAAUAAACUGGCUAGCUUCAAUAUGAGUGAACUACCACAGAACAUUUUGAUUGACAUGAUUGCAUAUUCUUUACAAAAUACAACUACUAGAAAACUAGUAAAAGGACUAGAAAUAAUCUCUGACAGAUUUCAGAAUGUAAUGAAAUUUCAACAAAACUACACCAUCUCCCAGGACCAGGAUAUACAAAUUGCGAAUGUCCCGGAUUCAGUGAAGCGAGAGGAUGACAAGGAUUUGCAGGAUGAUUACAACCCAGAUCUCGUAUAUGAACUUCCUUUACCUAAUUAUAUGACAUUCAAAGAUCAAAAAAAGCAACUUCUAAAAAUUAUUAGCCAGUUCAUGGAAUUGGCGCAGUUGGACUACAAACAGCCAAUUCUUUCUGAUGUUUCGAAUGAUGAUUCUUUGAAUGGUGUUGCUUUAUCAUCGUGGAAGGAAAAUACGUGGUUGGUCUUCUUAACGAGAUUAGCUACGCGUGGAUUAUGUGAUGCUCAGCACACCAACGAAGAUGGAACUGUAGAGAAUCUUAAUGACUUGGUUAGAGAUGCCAUCUUCACAUAUUUUACUGCCGAUAUUCGUGGCAGAAUAGAUGUUGUCAUUGAUUGGCUCAACGAAGAAUGGAUUUGUGAAGUUGCUAGAAAUCGCAAAGAGGACAAUGAAGUUCCGGAUACACCCGUGUACAAUGCUUGGGGAUCCAAAGUUUUGGAUAACAUAAUUCCAUUCAUGGAGAAUAGCGAUAGAAAAAUCUUCCUGCGAUUACUCUCUGAGCUCCCAUCUCUGAACGAACAGAUGGUGGAGAAAAUCAAAUCCAUUUGUUUGGAUCCAAUUCGUUACAAGUUUGGCUUUGUUUCAUUGCAAUUUCUUAUUAUGUUCAGGCCUCCGCUGAAAGACAUUGCAAUCAAUUUGUUUAGAAGGCUUUAUCAGGAAACAGAUCUAGAUGAUUUGAAAGCUGAGUGUCUUUCCUACUUGAAAAAAUACUGUCCAGGUGAAUAUACUUAG